AUGAAUCCAGUAUCUCAACAGCUCAUUGAAAUAUGGAUUCUUUACACAAUUGGCAUCCUAAUUAUAGCCGCACGCGUUUUUUGUCGAACAAAGCUCGUGGGCUAUAAGAAUUAUGAUUGGGACGACUACCUGGUUGUCCUUGUCGGAUUCUUUUGGACUGCUGCAGUCAUAUUCGGGCGAAUUUUCAUUCACGACGCCAGCGGACGACACACUUCUGACCUAGACUUCGAACAACGAAAGAACAUGGAUACAAAGGAGUAUGAGAAAUGGGCCUAUGGCUCUCAAAUGUUCUUUGUCAGUUUGAUACUCAACGUCGUUAUCCUUUGGACACUCAAGCUCAACAUGCUUUGCCUCUACAAGCGUGUUGUUCGAGGAUUAUGUACGGAACGUUUUGUCAAGCCUUUGAUGGCGCAGGUGUUGGUGUCCUUUACCGUCAUCAUAUUGACUCUGGCUCUGACAUGUCGACCUUUCAACCAAUUAUGGCAAGUUUGGCCAGAUCCCGGGCCAAAAUGCGUUCCGCAAAACUUGACCUUUUUCGUUCUGAUCCUAUCUUUCAACCUCAGUACAGAUGUCUGUAUCAUGUUGAUCCCGAUCCCAGUUGUUCUCGGCAUUCAAGUCAAUCCUUUAAAGAGGUUCUGCCUCUGUUUGUUAUUUAGUUUGGGAUUCCUUUGCAUGUCUGCAGCAAUUCUACGAUUUAUUGUGAUACUCAAAUUGAACCAACAUGGUGGAUCAGUUAUGUGGUCUCUACGCGAGGACUGCAUAGGCAUAUUCGUCGGUCAAGCGCCUAUGCUCAGGCCACUAUUCAAACGUCGCUUUUGGAUCUCUACGAACCCAGUAUCCUCCAGCUCAGUCACCUGGGGAAAGAACGGUCACUUGCAGCAUGUCCAGAACCAACUUGAAAGUCAUGAGGUAUAUUGGUUGGGGCGUAAGCCCAAUUCCAAGAUGCGUGGCCCACAUUCGAUCACUAGCAUCCGAUCCAUGACAGGGAGCCAAGAGCAUAUUGUGCAAGGGGAUCAGGGACCAAUUGCAACACCAGAACCAAGGUAUGAUCGUUCGAGCGGUAUUGUAGUUGAGAGAAGAGUCGAUAUUGAGGUCGCUGGAGCCGGAGGGACAUAUACAGUCUUUGCACAGAAAUCAGCGGUAGUGAUAGGACAAAGACAGAUGUAG